AUGGGUGCCGAGCGUCCCCCAACACUCCGUAACCUCUCCAUCCCAGACGUCGCCAUCCUCCCUAAAGGUCAAUCCAAUGAACCAGGGGAGAAAUCGGCCGUCCUCUCGGUCGACUUGACGAACCCAUUCGCCGCCGCCGCCCCUAACAAGCACAAUCCCUUUGCGAAUCGAGGGCAGCAGUUUUGGCUUGUUUACCUUGCUUUGUGCAUGAGUUCUUUCCUUUCGGCUUUGGAUUUGACCGCUGUUUCGACGGCACUUCCUUCCAGUACGUUUCGAGUGAGGAAGACUUUUGUGGGAAGCAGUCGAGCCGACGCGCUAAUUUCACACCCUGUCCCCUUCCUCAGUGGCCGCGGAAUUUCAAUCCUCUGAAUUCUCCUGGGUAGGAUCCGCUUACGCCCUAACAUCAACGGCCCUAAUCCCCUGGACGGGUAAUCUAGCUUCCAUCUUUGGCCGAAGAUCGACCUUGCUCGCUUCAUUGGUUUUAUUCGCUUUGGGAUCGGCACUAGUCGGUGCGGCGAGGUCGAUGACGAUGGUUAUUGCUGGAAGAUCGAUUCAGGGUAUUGGUGGAGGUGGAAUUUUGACAAUGGUGAGCCGAACUUGUGAUUAUUAGAGAGUCCAGAAGGCUAAUAUGGUGUGUUACUUCUCUUUCUGUCGGCAACAGACCGAAAUCGUCGUGGUCGAUCUGGUCCCCCUUGCCGACCGAGGAGCCUUCUUCGGAGUCAUUGGAUCCGGUAAGCAAAGAUCUCGGUGCGCCCGGCUGCCUCGCACAACUGACCAGACGCUCUUUAUAUUCAGUGUGGGCGGUCGCUAGUGCUAUCGGUCCUCCUAUCGGUGGUGCUCUCGCCUCCGCCGGGGCCUGGCGCUGGUCAGUCCCCUCCCGGUCCCUCAAGUGUGCUGCGAUUAUAAAACUGAUCCUUGGUUCUCCUCCAGGCUAUUCUACAUGAACAUCCCCCUCGCCGGAAUCGCUUUCGUCCUUGUCGCCUUCUUCCUCCGCAUCAAAGCCCCUGAGACAACCCUCAAGGAGAAACUCGAACAAAUGGACUACCUCAACAUCGUCUUCGUCAUCGGCGCGACCUUCACAAUCAUCGGCCUGACAUGGGGUGGUGUAGCCCACCCAUGGACCUCUUACCAAGUCCUCGUCCCUCUCAUUCUAGGCUUCACCACCAUGGGCGUGUUCCUCUGGCUCGAAAAGUCUUAUGUCAAAUAUCCAACGAUCCCUUUCGACAUCCUCAGCCAUCGAACGAGUUUGCUCGGUUUCGUGACCACCUUCUUGCAUGGAAUCGUCUCCCUCGCCGCGGUGUACUAUCUCACCGUCUUCUUCCAAGCCGCGAAGGGUGCUAGUCCCGUUCAAGCUGGUGUCGAUACCUUCUCACUCAGUUUGUGAGUGGUUCCGUGGGAGAAUCUUCACAUUUCCUUUACCCGCGGCUAACUCUGGUUUUGACCUCUUUUAGCACUGUUGCCCCCUUGUCCAUCAUCACCGGUGUCGUCAUCGGCUAUCAAGGAGUCUACAAAGCCUGGAACGUCCUUGGCUGGGCUCUCACCGCCAUUGGGUUCGGCAUCACGGCGUUGAUGAAGUUUGAUUGCUCCAAAGCUGCUUCGGUUGGACUGUGAAUGAUGCUACCUGAACUGCGCGUACGCGAUGAGUUACCGAGUGCUGGCGUACUGAUCAAAUGUUCUAUGGCUCUCCUCCCAGUCCGAUUUUGAUGGGUCUCGGUCUUGGUAUUCUUUACUCGAGUACCAACUUCCCAGGUAUGCAUCAAAAUCUUGUGCUCUUCCAAACUGGUCGAGGGUUUGCUCACGUUUCGCCCGCUACAUGUCCAUCACAGUCCUCGCUCCUCUCAAGGCUUCGCAACAACCGCAUGCGGUAAGUCUCGAGCAACUCGGGACCUCCACGCAUACGCCCACAAUUCAAUCCGAUCCCUCUUCCUUCCCUCAGAUGGCUUUCUUCUCCUUCAUGCGCGCCUUCGGUGAAGUCUUCGGCAUCUCAAUCGGGGCAACCAUCUUGCAAAAUUCGUUGGCCGCGAACCUGCCCAGAGAAUUCCUCGCCCUGUUCCACGGCGAAGCGGAAAUUGCUUUCUCUGCGAUUCCCAAAAUCGUUGAUCUGCACGUCAACCCUCUCUAUUCCCUUCGAGGAGAGUCAAAUCCCCCGGAAAGCUGACACGUCCGCCUCAUCCACCCACAGUGCCGAACCCCUCCGUUCCCAAGUCCGAGAGGCCUUCGCCUUGAGCCUUCGCGUCAUCUGGCUCACCAUGGUCUUCAUCUCCGGAUUAGGGUUCCUCUUCUCCCUCUUCAUUCAGGAUAUCGAGCUUACGACGGAGACGGAUGAUCAAUGGGGUCUGCAUGAUGGAAAGUCGGCGCCUAAAGUUGGGGAUGAGGAACAGAAGUGA